AGUAACAGAAAAUAAUAGGAGCUUCACUUUUUAAUACUUCCUUUAUUCCCAGUAGCGUAUCAAAUCGAGAUAAUACGGUAUGAAUAUCAUCAGCCUGGUAGGAAUGUUUGGGAUUAUUCUUUUAAUAACUUUAAUAAUUACAUCAAAUAUAAAUUGUAUAGAAAUUGAAGGGGAUUUUAGUGGAAGUGGUUAUCCAGAAAGAGAAGAAACUAUAGACUCCUUAUUUGAAAAUGUCUAUCGGAGAUACAAAAAUAGAACUGCUUGUUCGAGAGCUCCUAUUUUCCCAUUGCACAGACUUAUAAUAACUACUCUAAUGCAACGAGAAGUCAAUAGUAAAGUGGCGCAAUGGUGGAGGAAUAAUCCAAAGUGUUCUGAUUGGUACGAUACGAUCGAAAGGAGCUGCAAUGUUAGAUUAACAGAUACCGUUCUAUGUUAAAUUCUGAAGAAAAAUUAACUCUUCGUUGUGAAAAAUUUAUUUUAAAUUUUUAAUUUUUUCUAUAUUGAAGUUAUACAUGAAUGGAUAUUUUUCCCCUAGUGUUUUUGUAUAUAAAUUUCUGGCUUUUUUACUAAAAUCGGCGGUUUAUGUAUGCUACUUCACGUUGAGUCGUGAGCCCAAAACAAAAAUGUAGAAAAAUAAAAACGAAAAUUUCGUGUGUUUUCACGUCUAUUUUUUUUGUCAUUU